AGCGCGCCCAGGCAGUCUGGCCGCUAUCUUUUGAAAAAGCGCAUGGCUUUUCCAAUGCGCCUUAGCGGUGUGGAUAUGCUCUUGCACAAGAUGUUUUUUUGGAAGAUCUCUUCCGAAAAAAGCUGCUUGUGCAAGGAGCCUGCAGUCUAGACAUAGCCUUACAGUCCUCCGUGAGGAGCAAAGCACUGGUGUUGCAGUUACAGCAAUUGGUGUUUGUGUUCAAGCCACCGAAAGAGCUGCCCGUCCAUGGUUUCCCUGGCUGCCAUCGCUGGGGUGGCUGCAGAGGGGUGAAAAUCUAGCCCUGUUGGUAUGGCAGUGUGCAAGCACAGAGGCAACUGAGCUUGUGCAGCAAAAGGAAAACUGGACUCGUUUCCUUUCCAGGCUGGUUUCUGUGCUCAGUCAGGCCCUGGAAGACUGUGCUGAGCAAAAGAAGAUGCUAGAGGAUAAUCUAACCCUGUGCCGGGCCCUCCUUGGAGACUGGAAGGUGCAAGCUCCUGAGAAUCCAGCGCCAGAGGGAGGCCCAAAGAACGCCCAAGAGCAUGAGCCCUCACCCAAGGAGCUCGAGGAGCUGGAGCUGCUGAACAGAGCCCUGGAGAAAGCGUUAAGAGUCCGGAAAAGCACCCUGCAAAGUCCCACAGAGGGCGUAGGUACUGCAAAAGGGGAAACGUUGGCAGUGAAGAAACCUGCCACCAGCGCUGCUACCACGCCGCAGCCACCCUUGUCUAAAGAGAGUGGCCCUACGCCUGUCCCGGUGGCACCUGUGUGCAAGAAGGCUGCCUCCUCCAAAAAACCUUCGGCUCAUAUGCUGAGAGCUCCCUACAGGACUGACCCUGUGAGAGCACCAAGCAGCCGGAGCUCCAGGGCUCCCAAGGCGGCUGGGAAGAACUCCGCUAAAGGGGCUGCCCCCCACCGCGUGAGGAAGACGCUGUCAGCUGCCAGCGUGUGUCAGUCCGAGUGCUGUGCUGCCGCAAAGCUGUCUGGCGCGCCCAGACCCCCCCGGCCCCAGCAGCAGAGCGCUGCGUCCUUCGACCGCUCUGCUAAUGGCCAGAACUUGGGAGCUGCCAUCCAGCAGGGAGCUGAUCCAGAGAAUGAUUGUCCUGGUUCCCCGGCAGAGACUCCAGUGGCACAGAGCCGUACGGCAGGAGAGGUCCCCGCAAGAAGCGCCAUGGCCCGCACCUUUACCCUCCAGGAAAAGGGGUACGUUCGGGCAGCAGGCACCGGGAAUGUGUGUGGUCAAACUCCGGCUCUCUUAUCGACCCCUGCAGGGAUGAGCUAUUUCCCAGCAGUCACCGGGGCCUAGUUCUUUGUCUUUACUGCCUUUGUAGAAUCCUAGAGCGCUAGAACCGAAAGAGACCUCGAGAGGUCAUCGAGUCCAGUCCCCUGCCUUCACUGUGUCCUUGGUAAUUAUCAAGGAGGUCCCAACAUUUGGAUGCCUAGAACGAGGCGUGGCAGGGGUCUGGGUUUGUAAUUUGGAUGGCUAAUGCCAUCUCAAGCAGGAUUUUUCCUACGUUGCCUAGCUGUACAUCUCUGUUCCAGCUGGAAGCAUUUUCCCAUGGAUUUGUGUCUAUGGUGGAAUUACCAGUAUUGACAUUUACUGAUAAACAGCUAACCCAUCCAAGCCUACCUAUAACUUAACCAAACUGAAUAAAAAUAACUUAUUGGAAAGAUGUUUCUUAGCCCAGCUGUGACUAUUUUGCAAAGUUUUUGCUUAGUAAAAUUCCCUUGGAUAAAACCUGUUUUAUUUUAGAACCUCUCUUUUGUGACUGUUUUGAAAGCCUUUUUUUUUUUUUUACUCCCCCCUCUCCCCCCAAUGGCUGCUCACUUAGCACAGCUGACCUAGAUUAAAUCCCAAUGAUGACUGAUUCUGUUGAUGCAUUGCAAAAACAUAUGGCUAAUAAAGAGCACCCUGACCUGUCCAGAGGUGUUUCUCCUUGGAAUAUGUUAGUGACCCCUACACUUGGGGAGAGUCUACCUGGAUUUAACAUCAUUUGCCCAUUGAUUUCCCUAGAGUUGGGUUUGGCAUAAGUAAAAAUUGAAUUUAGUUGAUGAUUAAGCUUUUCAAAAGUGCUUAAGUCCCAUUGGAAGUCAAGUCACCUAGAUGCUUUGGAAAACGUUGGCCAGUUAGAACACUGUCAAAUAGCAGGUUGUCGUCACAACCAAAUCAGAGCCCUGGUUUAAUACAGUGAUGCUCAGACUGAGGUUUGGGAGCUGCCAUUGGCUCUUUAAUAUGUCUCCUGCGGCUCUUCCCAGCAUCUAAUAUUAAACACUGUGUGACUGUUCACUAAUCCAAGUUAAGUCAGGGUGCUUUUACUAGGUUAUCACCUAAGAUUUGGUCAGUCAUUUGCCUGUGAUAGAGAUAUAUGUAUAAAAAUAGUAAACGAAGCAAUGAAGUCCCAUGAUUUUGGCUGUUUUAGGUAAUGCUGAUCGUAAGAACAGCCAGGCUGGGUCAGACAAAGGUCCAUCUAGACCAGUGUCCUGUCUGCUGACAGCAGCCAAUGCCGGGUGUCCCAGAGGGAGUGAACAAAACAGCUAAUUAUCAAGUGAUCCAUCCCCAGCUUCUUGCAGAGGCCAGACGCACCAUCCCUGCUACUAGCCAUCCAUGGACCUAGCCAUGAAUGUAUCCAUUGUUCUUUGAACCCUGUCGUGGUCUUGGCCUUCACGGCAUCCUCUGUCCACAGGGUGACUGCGUGUUGGGUGGGAAAAUACUUCCCCCUUGUUUGUUUUUAAACCUGCUACCUAGUAAUUUCAUUUUGUGACCCCCCUAAUUCUUGUGUUAUGAGGAGAAAAUAAUACUAUCUUCCCCACUUCCCCACACCAGUCAUGGUUUCCUAGAUCUGUCUUAUCCCCCCCUUAGUGAUCUCUUUUCCGUGCUGAAAAGUCCCAGUCUUACUCAGCUGUCCUUUGUGGCAGCCAUUCCGUACCCCUCAUCGUUUGUAUUGCCCUUUUCUGAAACUUUUCCAAUUCCGAUAUCUUCUUUUAGAUACAGUGACCACA